UCAUAGAAUAAACAUGUUCGUUUUCCAUCAAGGAAAUUAGAAGGUGGAGGCUGUAUCUGUUGCGAUGUUAUCAAGGAGAGUGAAUGUUUGACCAUAUUUGUGAGACGUAUGUGAAACAAUUUGUGAAUCCGAUUUGAAGGAGCGAAAGAAAUGUCGGGCUUUGAAAGACUUUAAUGGACCGUUUUCUUUGAAGAGAAUAUCUGAAUGCACGAAAAGUGCUUUGUUUAUUGUUAUGGCAAGAUCAACAUGGCUGCUUCAAGAUAUGUCUCAUAUUUACUUUUUAUUUUAGCGUUAAACCUAUGCACAGUGUUUUUACCCCUUUUGGUGACAAGUGCAGCUGUGUAUUUCAAUAUUAUUAUUGGUUAAUAGGCGACUUCACGAUGGGUCGUCUAAUGGAUGAGACAUUGCAUGAUAGUAAUGAGGGUGAAGAACCACCGGAUGAUCCUGAACUACCAGAACCUCCAGAUCUUGAUCAUAAAAGAUUGCUUAGUGCACAAAAUAAUCUAAUUGCAGGAUUCCCAAAAAAGUACAAAUGUCAUUCCUGCGAAGCUCCUGAUUGUAGUGCAUCUACUGUUUGUGAAGGAGCAGUUCAGUGUUACAAAUCUCGAGUACGUGAUUCAGCGGGAGUGGAGAGGGUGACUCGUGGUUGUACCAAGACACCAGAUCAAGUACCUUUCUAUUGCAAUGUAGCAAGUCAUUCAGGUCACACAAAAAGGCAUACAGGAGGUCAGUAUGCAAUUGACUGCUGUCGGGGUGACUUCUGCAAUAACGGUUCAUUUCCAGAAUUGCCUCCUAUUGUUGCUCCAACAGAUGAUAAACCACCUUUCCCAGAGAGCACAAGUUAUGCAAUGAAACUUACGUUUGCAAUUUUGGGCCCUGUUGUUGCGGUUGGCCUCCUGGGGAUGCUGGUGUUGCUGUUAAUGAGGCGGACACAUCGAAAGAGACUUCUGAAUGCACGUUCCAUGACGGACCCUGAAACGUAUUAUGCAUCAGAUGACUUCUUGCGAGAAUAUUUGGAGCAGUCACUUACAUCCGGAUCAGGAUCUGGAUUGCCAUUACUUAUUCAAAGAACAUUGGCAAGACAAAUAUCAUUAGCAGAAUGUAUUGGAAAGGGCCGGUAUGGUGAAGUAUGGAGGGGUAUUUGGCAUGGUGAAAAUGUUGCAGUAAAAAUAUUUUUUUCUCGAGAUGAAGCAUCAUGGAGUAGAGAGACUGAAAUUUACAGCACUAUUCUUCUACGUCAUGAAAGUAUCCUGGGUUAUAUCGGUUCUGACAUGACAUCCCGCAAUUCGUGUACUCAGCUGUGGCUUAUAACACAUUAUCACCCAUUAGGAUCUCUUUAUGAUCAUUUAAAUCGAACUACUUUGACACAUCACCAAAUGAUGAAAAUAUGCCUUUCUGCUGUGAGUGGCUUGGUACAUUUACAUACAGAAAUAUUUGGUGCUCAGGGCAAACCUGCAAUUGCUCAUAGAGACAUAAAAAGCAAAAAUAUUUUAAUGAAGGUGAAUGGUGCUUGUGUAAUAGCAGAUUUUGGUCUUGCUGUCACCCAUAUUCACUCAACAGGAGAAACUGAUAUAGGUGCUAAUCCACGUGUGGGGACUAAAAGAUAUAUGAGCCCAGAGGUUUUAGAUGAAACAAUCAAUAUGGAUUGUUUUGAAUCGUAUCGUCAAAUUGACAUUUAUGCAUUUGGCCUUGUAUUAUGGGAAGUAUGCCGGAGGACGUUAUCCAGUGGGAUUGCAGAAGAAUACAAGCCUCCUUUUUAUGAUCUUGUGCCAAAUGAUCCUAGCUUUGAGGACAUGAGGAAAGUAGUGUGUGUAGACCAGCAGCGACCAAAUGUACCUAAUAGAUGGGCAUCAGAUACGACAUUGAGUGGUAUGGCAAAACUUAUGAAGGAAUGUUGGCAUCAAAAUCCUAAAGUUCGACUACCAGCGUUGAGAGUUAAAAAAACUCUUAUAAAAUUAGCAUCUUCCGACAUAUCCAUCCAUCUUGAUCUUGAUAUGUGAUCCUUUAAGAUCUGUGUAUUGUGUGGAAAGAUUUGCAUAUUACGUAGAAUUUUUUGGAGACUAUUUUCUAGUGCAGUGAAAAGUGUUAAAGUUUGCGUGCUCCGCAAGUUACUUUAUUUUGAGAGACGGGAGUGUGCAUCUUUGUUUUUGUUGGAAGUCAUUGUACCUUUUUUAAAUAUGUAUGCAAGAAUUAUUCACAUAUAUGUAAACAUUUUUUAUAAAGGAAGAAAAAUGCAGUGCCAUGAUACAUAACAAGAUAUGUGAACUGCCGCCUGUGCAGCAUCCUCGUAUAAGAGGUAUGUUAGUGUAGUACAAUGGAAGACUGAAGUUUGAGUUACACGCUGUUGGUUCUUUUUAUAGAAGCUCUUUGUGUGAUGUGAAUGGUAUUGUUAGGUAUCCACCAUCUUGUUGGAAAAUACUGUUGUCAUAUUUUGAAACUUAUUUCGUGUUAAUGGCCAUAUUAAAUUGUGAUUGCGACAGGUAGGAUCUUUCUCAUAUGAAAAUUUGUAAAUAUUUUUUGUAGAAGUGGCAAGAAAAGAUUGGUAUUACCCUGCUCUUAUUUUUAGUUUUAGUGUGUUCACUAAAUUGUAAUGUGUUGUUUCAAAAGAUUUAAUGAACAGUCGUCACCGAGGUACUGGGAUUGCAAUUUUAAUACACAUUUUUUGCAUUUACUAAAGUGUCAAAUUUAUUCUUGAUUAAUAUUUCUUUAAAAACCACUUGAAUAUUAUAUUUUUAAGCCUGUCUUUUCGAAACCAAAAAUUAUUUUUAUUUUUUUGUUUUCUUUAACUUGUGUGAUGCAUCUCAAUAAAGUUAUUCAUUAGAGAAUGUAUAUUUUGACAUCAGUUCAUUGUUCUUUUUCAAUAUGUUGAUUGUUAUACAAAAUCUGUUUCUAAGAUAAUUACAAACAGAUUUGUAUUACUUCCAUACUUCACACAUUUAGAGAAAAUCUCACCUGUCGUGAUUAUGGUAUUGUGGCAUAUCAUGUUAGUUGUGGGAGGAUAAAACAGAAAUGUGUGGUUUUAUUUUGUUUAUGUGCUUGUAUUAUAUAGAAUCUUCUAUGCUCAAAUAAUUGUUGCAAUUGACAUUCAUCAUCGUGCUACAGUGUUGUUAUUUUAAGAUACAUUGUGCCAUUUUAAUAAUUUAUAUGACAUGGACAUGAAAGAAACAUAACGUACGCAUAAUAUUCAUAAUCUAUUUGUGAGAAAUUACUGUACAUUAUCCGUAUUGUGUUCAUUUUGCUUCUUCUUUUUUCAUUGUAAGAACUUUCUUAUUUUUUUCUGAGGAAAAACUUGGGAAAUACGAGUUUGUUACAUGAAAUUACCACUAUAUUUUUACAUAUCUAAGAACAUAAAUGUUCGCCAAUCAGCAAUUAAUCUUCAAAUAAUUGUUAUGAAAUGAUAACUUAAUAUUUUGCAUCAGGGAGAGGUAGAAUUUGAUAUAUUUUAUCUAUUCUGGUUAAUUUGUGUGGAUUGUAAUAGUUUUUGUGUUUAUUAAGUAUUAUUGUAAUCAGGUGUAUUUUGUAAUGAAGUAUUGGACUUCGAAAAUAUAAUAUAGUGGCUGACAAUAGAGAUUUAUUAGCAAAAAUGAGCAAUGCCACUUGAAGGGCAGCUGGUAUUGUAUUUCAUCUCUCCUUUUGGCAGCGCACAGCAAUAUGGAAUAGAGUAUACCCCUUUUUUUAAUCAGUUUUUCUCUCUCUGGAUAUAAUUUUUUUUACCAAAGUGAUGAUACCUUUUGCAAGGAUAUCAGUUAGUGUGAUUCAUCGCUUUGUUAUAAGCAAUCACACUAUUUGCCCCCUACUGGCAGUGCCAAGGUGGUGUUCUUUUUGCUGAGUCUGCAUGUACCUGCUUCUUGGUACUUUACCAAGAAAGGGUGCAUUCUACGUACAUAUGAUAUUGUUCUUUUCGUAUAUUUGUACAGUCAAGUUCAUUACUGUGAAUAUUUGUAUCGUAGAAACAUAAUCAUACUUCUAAUUUUAAGAUAAUUGUUUUUAACAAUAAAUAUAGCAUAUCAUGUUUCUAUUUAGGUCCAAGUAAGCAUAUAAUUUGUUACGUAAUGUGAAUGUCUUAUAGAAUGAGUGGUAAGUGUUAUGAUUUGUCUUAUUUUAACUACCAUAUCAUUCUUGUGAUAUGGGUUUUAAGUGUACUUAAUUUAUGUUCAGUAAAGAAGUUUUAACAAUAAAACCUACAAUUCUGAGGUUUGUCUUUACAAGACACCUUUAAAAGGUGCAUUUGAAAAUUGCUCUUUGUGAUACAUUAUUUGCAUCAUAUCUCAAUGAUAAAUACUUUUCUCCCACUAUAUGGUCAUCAGAUUUUUAUCAUUCUUACAGUUCCUUUAUUAAAAUAUGAAUAAAUAAAUUUAUUGCUACUGAAAAAUGCAUCUGGAACUGUUUAGGUGGAUGGAAAAUCUUCUUUUUAUGUAGAUGUAGGGAUUUGAAAUAAUGGAACCUAUCAGAGAACUUUGGCAUGUAAUGUCAUGAAAAGAGAGUACCAUAUGUGUACUUUUUACAUUUAUUGAUCACUUCAAUUUUUUAAUGUGCUGGCAGCAUUUAUGAGGCACGUCUUAAAAAAUUAUUGAAAGGCAAUAGAAUUGACAUAUUCAUAAAGAGAGAAACACUACAAACAAAAUAGAAUUGCUCAUUGUCAUGUCAUUCUGUAAAUAUAUUUAUAUGUUGUGUAUGUUGCUCUACUAGCUGAGUUGAGAGUCGAUAUAUUAUUUUUAUGUAUGAAGUUUUUUCCCAGGAUACAAGUUUUACUGAUGAUGAAUCUGGUAUUGAACAUUUGUUUUACAAAUAUCUAUCAAGUAGCUUCUAGUUGUGUUGCAUUUUUCUAUUAUGUCCCUGCAGUAUUGUCAGUUUGUAAUUGUGUAAGUACUGUUAAUAAUACUCAGUUUAUUGACUUGUUCAAGUAACCUUUCAAUAUUCACUUCAAACAUAUCACAUUUUGUUGGUAUAAAGAGCAGGACAUCUUUGACUCUCAAUACAGUACAAUGUUUCACCUCUGGAUGGACUUCUAAGUAUGGUUAGCAAUACAAUACGUUUCACAUUAAUUAUAUUCAGAUUUUGAGUGUGUAUUUUGGAAACCUAAUUGAUGCUUUAAAUUUCUAAUAGCAAUCCUUUAAUGAUUUCUAAUUAAUAGUAAAGUUGCUCUAUCACAAAAUGGUGAAUGGUUAAGCUCUAAAAACAACAGUCAUUGAACAAUCAAGUUAUUUACUAAUGAUGUAAUAUUGCCUGUGCAUAUCUGGUGUUUUCUCACAGGUCACAUCAGUUCUAUAAAGUUCUAGUGUAUUUUUAUAAAAAUAACAAUCGCCAAUCAGUGUUGUAUUUCUUAUUGGGAAAACAAACUCCAACAUUUUGAUGAUGUAGAGCCUUUAAACAUCUUUGCAUUGCUAACCAAUACAUAUCUGUUUAUGUAAAUUUCAUGUUUUGUCAUGUGUUGGACAUGUUGAAAGAGUGAACAUAAUGUGAACACUGUACUGUGGUUAGCAUAUAUGUAUUGCGUAUUAUAAAUUAAUUUUGAUUUUUCUUUUGUAUUAAUAUAAUGUUACAUAUCAGAUUAUUAAUUUUUGAUUUAUUUUACUCUUACAAGUGAGGUUAUUAAUAGCUCUCCAUAUCAUGUGAACAUAUUUUAAUACAUAUUCUAUAAAAAUGUCAUGUCAUUAAUUUCACUAAAUAUUUGAAUAAUGCGUAUCAUCAUGUACAAAGUUGCUCUACAUCAACCACUCAAAGUAGAUUUUUACUAUAUGAAUAUAUGGGUACCCAAUUUCUUCUUUCUUUGAAGAAACAGAAGUAUUUUCCAUGAUAUUUUUAAUUCAUUCUGUUAUGAUUUUGCAUUUUAAUUCUUAUUAUAUAUUAUACUUGUUGUUAUAUAAAUUGUAUAUAGUUGUAUAAUAUGUAAACAUAAAAUUAACACUAAAUAAAGUAAGCAAUAUGUGACUUCUUUUAAUAUGCAUUGUAUAUUUGACUUUUUUGAAUGUGAAUGUUUUAGAAAUGGGCAUAGUCUUAAUAAAACGUGUUUUAAUAAGUUCUGAACAAUAUAUUUCAAUAGGUGAAAAAAAGUAGAAAUUAUUAAGCAAAUGCAGGUUCAAAAAUGAAUUAUAAAUGAAUUAGAAACCCAAAGGCUGAAAUGGCUUGUGAUUUCCAUUAGACGGAAGAAAAAGAGAUAGACCCAGAGAGGAAUGGUAGAAUCAGGUUUUUAAAGAUAUGCAAAGAAGAGAUCUACAACAGAGACUGGUAUGUUAGAGGGGUAUGGAUAUUGGGAUGCGAGAGACUGCCGCAAGAGCUGUAAAGUACUUGCAAGAAGAAGCAUUUCCCCCCCCUGCAAUCUGUGUUAAAGUGUUAAGUGUAGUGGAAAUUCAAGACGGACCCGCAGUUUAUAUACACCA